AUGGCAUACUCGCCGCAGGGUGACCGCGACGGAGGGGUCCAAGACGAGGAGCAGCACUGCGAUGAGGAGGAGCAGCCAUCAGAGGGUCCGCCUCACCCACACCGGCAGAGGUGGCGGCAGAUUGAACAGCAACAUCAGCAGCGGUGGAAGGAGCUGGAACUACAACAUCAGCAGCUAUGGCAGGAGCUGGAGAACCCAGGAAACGAAGAAAGAGUGAGGAUGGACAAAGAACAUGAAGAGGAGCGUCGACAUCUGGAGCAGAAACACGGUACGGAGUGGCAGAACCUGGACGAACGUCACUAUGAUGAGCGCAUUGAGCUUCAUCAGCAGCACAAAGAGGACACUGGAUGCAUCGAAAUGCCGACUGAGGACCAGUUAAGGCAGCUGGACCUCUCCCACCAGCAGCAGUGGGAAGACAUCCAGCAGACCUUGCGGCAGCAGUGGCAAGAGCUGAAGCAGAGACACCAGAGAGAGUCACGGGAGCAGGAAGAGAGGCGUCAUCAGCUGAGACGGAAGUUAGAAAAACAGCUUCAGGAGCAGGAACAAGACGAUCAGCGGCAGAGUCUGCUGGCGCGUCACCAGGAGGAGCGUGAGCAGCUCCUUCGGCAGCACGAGGAGGCCUCUCGAGGUGUGAACGUGCCGGCCGAGAGACAGCCGCAGCCGCAGAGAUCGGUGACCAAAGGACAGCGGAAAGCGCAGGCUCGGAGACAGCGGAGACAGCGAGCAGUUCUGGAGCAGCAGCAUGCCGCACAGUGGGCGGGGCUGAGGCGGAAACUCCGAACACAGCGGAACAAAAUGGAGCGCAGACACAAACAGGAGUCACAAGAACUGGAGCAGAGAUUCCGGACCGUUCGGUCAGAGGAGGAGUUGGAUCGGCCGCUGGAGGAGUGCAGCAGCAGAUGUCACGAGCUGCAGGUGGAGCUGCAGAAGGAGCUGGAGGAGCUACAAAAGCAGCUUGAAGAUGGUAAGCAAUGA